AUGGAGAAAAUUCAAAAGUUAAACACCGUCAGCCAGCAAAUUUGUCACCAGCAGACUUCCUUGGAAAAGACGUGUUCUAGAUGGUUCUCAAACGGUGUAGCAGUCCCAAAACCCGAAAACCGCACGGAUUCCACCACGGUUCUUGCCCAAGCAGAGAAGCCACACACUCUGUCUGCGACCACCCUUGCGCACACGCAUCUCGCUCCACGAGGCCACGGAUUCACCCGCAUUUCCUUCCCCGCAAAAAUGUCGGCUGCAGGUAGAGCGAGGGCACGCGCGCCGGCGCUCUUGGCGGGCCUGCGGCGGCUGGGGACGUCGGCGACGGAGGCGGAGACGAGGGAACGCGGGGCGAGGUGGGAGCUCUCGGCGGCGCGGGAGUACUACGACUACCGCAAGUCCAUCUACGGCGACGUCACCCACCGCGCCCUCCUCGUCGACGCCGUCGGCACCCUCGUCGUCCCCGCUCAGCCCACCGCCCAGGUGUACAAGAGCAUUGGCGAGAAGUACGGGGUGAAAUACUCUGAAGAAGAGAUCCUGGCGAGAUACCGGUGGGCGUAUGGGCAACCAUGGGGCGGAUCACGGCUCAGGUAUGUCGAUGACGGAAGAACCUUUUGGCAACACAUAGUCUCAUCUUCUACAGGGUGUUCAGACUUGGAGUACUUUGAGGAACUAUACCAAUACUAUAUGACAGAAAAGGCUUGGAAGCUUUGUGAUCCUGAUGCUGAACAUGUGUUUCAAGCUUUAAGAAAGGCUGGUGUUAAAACUGCUGUUGUCUCCAAUUUUGACACCCGUCUACGGCCACUUCUACAGGCCUUGAAAUGUGAUUGCUGGUUUGAUGCAGUUGCCGUGUCUGCUGAGGUUGAGGCAGAAAAGCCAAACCCAACAAUAUUUUUGAAGGCCUGCGAGCUUCUAGAUGUCAAACCUGAAGAAGCUGUGCAUGUUGGGGAUGAUCGUAGAAACGAUGUAUGGGGAGCUAGAGAUGCAGGCUGUGAUGCGUGGCUUUGGGGCAGUGAUGUUUAUUCUUUCAAGGAGGUUGCCGAGAGGAUUGGAGUCGAGGUGAAAGGAUAA